AUGCAAAGUUCCCGCAUACAGCCUUUGAAUAAGCAAAAUAUUAUCGCAGGGAGGUAUGUUCUUCUUUUGAUUCGAUGUAUUCGUUCGCGGCAAUCACCGUCAUUUUCAUUCGCAUCUCAAAAGGCCAAUGAAUAUGGAGUACCAGUUCUUGUCAUCUACAUCUAUCAACUAGAUCGGCAUAAUUUGGCACAGCGGAAGUUUCUUUUGGAAGGACUGAAUUGUUUAGAAAAUAAUCUAUCACGUUUGCAUGUACCUUUGCUAGUUGUAAAGGUAAACAGUAGUCAAGAAGCCACAAAAAUUGUUUUGAAACUAUCUGAUAAAGCCUGUGAAGUGAUCACAGAUGCUGCUUAUUUAUUCGAAGACCGCAGUUUUGACGAAAAUCUUAAUAAUAAGCUUAUAAUGAAAUGUCGCAGAUUCACAAAAGUUGAGGGAAAUGUCACUAUACCCGUGACGGCCCUAUGCAACAAGCCAGCUUAUAAUGCUAGUACAAUUCGGAAAAUGGCAUGGUAUUUACUUGAUGAUUUUCUUCUUGAAAAAUGGAAUGUUACUCCAAAAAUUCACUGUGACUCGUGGAGGAACAUGGUAGAAUAUAGCUUGGAAUGUAUAGAUAUUUUAUCAGAAUAUAGAAGAGCUGUUGAUGAUUGCAAAACAAGCAGUGUAUUAAAAGGUGGCGAAGAUGCUGCGCGGCAAGUCCUGGACUAUUUCAUCGCUAAUAAUCUAAGUUCGUAUGACAAAGAAAGGAAUAUCCCGAUCAAUGGAAAACAGAGUUUUCUCUCACCUUACCUCCAUUUUGGCAUGUUAAAUCCUAUUAUAAUCGUUGCGGAAGUCAAACAGUCUAAAGCACCAAAAUCUGCCAAAGAUGCAUUUUUGGAAGAACUGGUUGUUCGGCGGGAGCUAGCGCAUAAUUUUGUUUAUUACUACAGAACUACUUACAAUACAUUUGAUUGCUUGCCAGAGUGGGCAAAGAAAACAAUGAAUGAGCAUCGUCUUGAUAAACGGGAAUAUAUUUAUAGCUAUAAAGAGCUAGAAGAAGGAUAUACGCAUGAUGUUUACUGGAAUGCAGCACAAUUUGAACUUGUGUUCACUCAUAAAAUGUCGGGUUAUCUUCGUAUGUAUUGGGCGAAAAAAGUGAUCGAAUGGUCUCGUGAUUACGAAUGUGCUUACGCUUUCCUUAUUGAACAAAAUGACAAACAUGAGUUGGAUGGACGGGAUCCCAAUGGCUAUUGCGGUGUUAUGUGGAAUUUUGGCAUGCACGAUCGGGCUCAUGCGAACAGACCAGUAUUUGGGAAGAUUCGUUAUAUGUGUGCAGAUGGAAUAAGAAGAAAAUUCCGGAAACAUAUUGAUGAAUAUGUUAGGAUUAACUAUAAACGUGCUGGCCGCACGUUAGAACUAAACCAUGUUCAAUCAAAAACGACAAAAGGUCCAGAAGAUUAUGAGCCAAGAAUGAAAAGAACGCGUAAAACUGUGAAGAAAUAA